AUGAAUAUCACAAAACCAGAAGAGCCAGAUCUUCGACGCAACGUCUCUCCUCGCUCACAACGCCACUCUUACUAUUUAUGGAGAUGGUUGGUCAUUGCGCUCAUUGACGUUGGCCUCAAUGCACCAGAGAAUCUCUCUAGGUUGGCAUUGAUACUGGGAAUCAUCGAAUAUAGCGAAAGCGAGCUGUUCUAUAUUUAUAGAAUUAUAGCUCAGGUGCCCUACUACCUUCAAUUUGGAUUUAAUGGUGUGUACCUGGCUCUGUUCAUUUACGAUAAAUCAACUCGCCCUGCAAAGAGGAGAGUUUUUGAAAGCGUAAGCAUCGAUACACAUCAUCUCUCUGUGAGGGAACGCGAAGCACAAGGUCUUGUCGCAGCGGAUCAGUCUCUAUGCGACUCUGGAAUCGAAGACGAGCCAUGCCAUGUUUAA